AUGUGGCUAUCGUGUGUGUGGGUGGCCAAGCCAGGAGGGCUUCUCGCCGCCAUCUCGCCUCAAGAAGUAAGCUUGAUCACAGGCCAGGAUCUGCUCACGGGAAUCACUAUAGCUGGCAAAAAGUGCAGUGUGAUUUGUGACAACCUGCUGGUGGAUGAAGACAACAUGAUGGAUGUCAGAAGCAAAGGCAGUGACAGCAGAUCCAUCUGUACUGGCAAGACCCCCAAAGCCCUGAUCUUCCUCAUGGGUAAGAAGAGAGUCCACGGAGGAGCCCUCAACCAAAAGGUCCAUGAUCUGAUUGUGGACAUGAAAGCAGGAAGCAAGUAG